AUGCGUAUCGCAUGCAGAGUGGAGGUUGAGACCCCCAAGAAGUUGACCGAUGCCAAUAGCAGUGCUAAUACGGAGGGCACACCAUUGUUGGACGACGAAACUGGUACAGCCAGAGACGAGCCAAGGGCAAAGGUCAGGAUGUGGACGCUGCUCCCUGAGAUCAGUAGGGAAGACCAAGCUGUGAUGAUGAGUCUGUGGUGUUUAUUUGGGGUCGACUCGUUUGCAUCAGGAUUGAUACCUCUCGCUUGGGUCAUUCCGUGCAUGGUACGGCGUUCACGAAGGACAGCUGGAGUCACUUUUCUUCAGGACAAGUAUUAUUGCUGCGGUGUCCAUGAUCGUGGCUUCCUUGCCCGCCAAACGCUUCAAGAAUGUUCAUUUUUCACCCACCUUCCCUCCGCCGUCACACUAGCGCUUACUCCCAUCCCAGGUCCACUCGUAGACGAUGGUGUCUUCUGGGUUGCGCUUGUAGCUGCAGGUAGUCUUAAGGAAUGCUAUGAUUUGGGUCUCCUUGUGGUUUUUCAGUCCUAUGAUCGGGAGAAGGCCGAGCGGGAGAGGGUUGCGGGUGACAGAAGCGCUACAAGCGGAGAUGACGUGUAA